GAGAUACUAUAUAAGUCCUUUUCACAGCCGACCCUCAGAACAACCUCGGGAAUGAAAAGAAAAACUUGUUUUUAAACAAGAAACAAUCAAAGAAAAUACACACGAGAAGAGAAACGGAUUGUUGUAUUUUUUUUAAAAUUCUACAUUUAUUCAUUGUUACUGAUUAUUUUAUUUUUUUCUCAGUUUACAUUCAUUUUGAGAAAAACCUCAAAGAAGCUAAGGAGAACAAAAGAACAUACAACACUAUCAAGAAUAAAUCUACUUGUGUCUUAAAAAAAAGAAAACCUUACAAGUUUGUAUAGGAACAGCUGACACCGACCACCCAGAGGUUUAUUUGCCUGUUCCACAGCCUAUGUAUUUGGAUUUAACCGUUGUCGCCCGCCGCCCUCCUACUAUGGUGAUCAUGGAAGUCCCCAGCAUCGAUGCCAUGUCCCUCUGCGGGCUGCUGGAGGGGGAAGACCCGGGCUGUCUGGUCCUGGACUGUCGCUCAUUCUUCUCCUUCAACUCCUCUCAUAUCCUCGGGUCCAACAACGUCCGUUUCAGUACUAUAGUCCGCCGGAGGGCCAGAGGAGGGCUAGGGGUGGGACACAUCGUGCCCAACGAGGACACGCGGAACCGGCUUCUCUCAGGGGAGUAUCAGUCCGUAGUGUUUCUGGAUGAUCGGAGUUUGGACUUUGGCCAAGUGAAGAAGGACGGGACUCUAAUGCUCGCCGUAACAGCUCUGUGUAGAAACCCGUGUGGAACUAGUUUCUUCUUUCUCAAAGGUGGUUUUGACACGUUCUCCUCGGAGUAUCCAGAGAUGUGUACCAAGCCGUCAUCUCCACAGGGACUCAGUCUGCCCCUCAGCGCCCGUCCAGACGGCGCCGAGCCCGGCUGCAGUCCAUGCAGUACACCGCUCUAUGACCAGGGUGGUCCAGUGGAGAUCCUUCCCUUCCUCUACCUGGGCAGUGCCUACCAUGCCUCCAGAAAGGACAUGAUAGACAUGCUGGGUAUCACUGCUCUCAUUAACGUAUCCGCUAACUGCCCCAACCACUUCGAAGAGUCCUUCCAGUACAAGAGUAUCCCCGUCGAGGACAACCACAAGGCUGAUAUCUCCUCCUGGUUCAAUGAGGCUAUAGAGUUUAUCGACUCCAUCCGUAAUAAAGGCGGUCGCGUGUUUGUCCACUGCCAAGCCGGCAUCUCCCGCUCCGCCACCAUCUGUCUGGCCUACCUGAUGAGGACCAACCGCGUGAAGCUGGUCGAGGCCUUUGAGUUCGUCAAGCAGCGCCGUAGCAUCAUCAGUCCUAACUUCAGCUUCAUGGGCCAACUGCUGCAGUUUGAGUCCCAGGUCCUGGCUACUUCAUCCUGUUCGUCGGAAGCCGGGAGUCCUGCCCUGGGGAAGAGCAGUACUGUCUUUAACUUCCCAGUGUCUAUCCCCGUCCACGGCUCUGCUGGACACGGACAGCUCUCCUUCCUCCACAGCCCCAUCACCACCUCACCAAGCUGCUAAGGGGAAGAGUAGGAUCAUAUGGAGGGUUGUCUGUCUUAGCCUGGACUUGAACUGAACUGUUACUAUUGGUGUCGAGUUGUUGUGACUGUACUGUAACAAUACUAGUACUGUACUGUCAAAAUACUAAGAGUGUACUGUAACAAUACUAGUAGUGACAAUACUAGUACUGUACUGUAACACUACUAGUGUACUGUAACAAUACUAGUAUUGUACUGUCAAAAUACUAGUAGUGUACUGUAACAAUACUAGUACUGUACUGUCAAAAUACUAGUAGUGUACUGUAACAAUACUAGUACUGUACUGUCACAAUACUAAGAGUGUACUGUAACAAUACUAGUAGUGACAAUACUAGUACUGUACUGUAACACUACUAGUGUACUGUAACAAUACUAGUAUUGUACUGUCAAAAUACUAGUAGUGUACUGUAACAAUACUAGUACUGUACUGUCAAAAUACUAGUAGUGUACUGUAACAAUACUAGUACUGUACUGUCACAAUACUAGUACUGUACUGUCAUAAUACUAGUAGUGUACUAUCACAAUACUAGUACUGUACUGUCAUAAUACUAGUAGUGACAAUACUAGUACUGUACUGUCACAAUACUAGUAGUUUACUGUCAGUGUCACUCAAAUACAGGUGAUUAAUCAUUGAGUUUUGGAUAGACAUUGAGCUCUAGAACUGAUGGAACCCUUAUUGAUGCCCUUCCUGGUGUAAAGGUCAUAAAGAAGUGACCCUGGCAUCACAGGACAAAAGGGCUAACCUUUUGGAGAGACAAACCAAGUGGCCUAGUUUAUGGGUUUAAAUCCACAGGUCUGCCCCAUCGACUUGAAAGGAGUUUCUCUGGCUACCAAUAUGGCAGUAUGGUUAUCACAACAUCCUCUUUGGAAUGUGAAUGAUACCCGCAGAUCUGCCUAGAAUACCUCAACUUCUAGGAAGAGACAGAGAAGUCAGUGGCUGGGGGACGGGUCAAUUCUUUAAAGGAAGUAUUUUAGAAGUAUUUUAAUGAGAUGAAGAGAAGAGAUUGUAUUCAAAGAACUUUGUCAAGUAUGCAAAGUCAUUUAAUGAGAGUGGUCAGCUUUUCAUAAUCACAAUAAAAUAAUUUACCUGCCACAACUCUACACAAAAUGGGCAAGUAAACCCUCCCUUGGUCACUCACAGACAGUCAUAUUUAUUGCUACCAACAAGACUCUCAGGAAUCAUGAAGGACUUUCAAUGUCCCACAGUUUUGUUCACACAAACAUUUAACAUUUAACAUUUAAGUAAUUUAGCAGACGCUCUUAUCCAGAGCGACUUACAAAUUGGUGCAUUCACCUUAUAAUAUCCAGUGGAACAACCACUUUACAAUAGUGCAUCUAAAUCUUUUAAGGGGGGGGUUAGAAGGAUUACUUUAUCCUAUCCCAGGUAUUCCUUGAAGAGGUGGGGUUUCAGGUGUCUCCGGAAGGUGGUGACAAAAAAACGAGCUGUCAUCCUGAGGGAAUCCCGCUAAUGCCUCGCCGAACGACGACGGUUCGGAUAAAUCACUCCUCAGACUGUUUAUUGUUGACGAACAAUGAAUGUAUCUCUGGCCAAUCAGCCGGCUCGGAGAGCGCCAGAAGGUUUAGUUUAAAGUGGACGGGAAAGCCCCAUUCAUAUGCAAAUGUAUGCCUUUUAUAAAACACCGUGAGACCCUGACGAUCCCUGACAAUAUUGGGGGAACCAGCCAACCAGAUACCUCUGAAACAUCACCAUGCCUUUGUAGUGCUAGCAGCUGUUAGCUAACACUAGCUCUGUUAGCAUCAUGCUAGCUCUGUUAGCAUCAUGUACUGUUAGCAUUAUUAGCAUGUUAGCUCUGUUAGUAUCAUUAGCAUGCUAGCUCUGUUAGCAUCAUGUACUGUUAGCAUGUUAGCUCUGUUAGUAUCAUUAGCAUGCUAGCUCUGUUAGCAUCUUCUACAAUUAAAAGCUCUGGGAGAGAGUCAGAACCCCUAAAGCACUAAAACGGGGAUUAGACUCAACCGGAGACUGCUGUCUGUCUUAUUACCUAUGUGAUAUUUAUUGAACUAAAGUAAUAUAUUUCUUACCAUAUAUAUUUUUGCAUAUGUUUGUUAGUAGUUGUUUUUGAUACCAUUAAAUAAAUCCUAUUUGUCUUUUGUA